UUAAAAAACAAGUCAGUAGAUGACGGUAAAACGCUAUUGAUCAAAGCGGAACCUUUUAAACAUAGUCUCGCGUUGCUUGGGGACACAUAACGGGAACGUACCGAUUAGUCGUCAACAUCAGCCAGUGGAGAGGUUGUGGUGACAGCCAACAGCAGUGAAGCAUGAAUGUGAACCAGGGGACGGUGGGCAGCGACCCGGUCAUUCUGGCCACGGCUGGAUACGACCACACGGUCCGCUUCUGGCAGGCUCACAGCGGGAUCUGCACCAGGACGGUCCAGCACCAGGACUCUCAAGUAAAUUCACUUGAGGUCACACCUGAUAGGAGCAUGAUCGCAGCUGCAGGUUAUCAGCACAUCCGCAUGUAUGACCUCAACUCCAACAACCCCAACCCGGUCAUAAACUACGACGGUGUCAGCAAGAACAUCACGUCCGUUGGAUUCCAUGAAGAUGGACGCUGGAUGUACACAGGAGGAGAAGACUGCAUGGCUCGCAUUUGGGAUCUUAGGUCAAGAAAUCUUCAGUGUCAGAGGAUAUUCCAGGUCAAUGCUCCAAUUAACUGUGUGUGUCUGCAUCCAAACCAGGCAGAGCUGAUUGUUGGAGACCAGAGUGGUGUCAUUCACAUCUGGGAUCUGAAGACCGACCACAAUGAACAGCUGAUUCCUGAGCCAGAAGUUUCAGUCAACUCGGUUCACAUUGACCCAGAUGCCAGUUACAUGGCUGCGGUCAACAGCUCGGGAAACUGUUACGUUUGGAACCUCGCAGGAGGCAUGGGAGACGAGGUGACUCAGUUAAUCCCCAAGACAAAGAUUCCUGCACAUAAACGCUACUCACUCCGCUGCAAGUUUAGCCCCGAUUCCACCCUCUUGGCCACCUGCUCUGCAGAUCAGACCUGUAAGAUCUGGAGGACGUCCAAUUUCUCACUCAUGACAGAGCUGAGCAUCAAGAGCAACAAUCCAGGAGAGACGUCCAGAGGCUGGAUGUGGGACUGUGCAUUCUCUGGAGACUCCCAAUACAUCGUCACUGCUUCUUCAGACAACCUGGCUCGCCUGUGGUGCGUCGAGACCGGAGAGAUUAAGAGGGAAUACAGCGGCCACCAGAAGGCCGUGGUGUGUUUGGCCUUUAAUGACAGUGUGCUGGGCUGAAGAGGAGGAGGAGUAGGGAAGAGAUAAUGAGAAGAAGAGACAGGAGAUCACAGGCAGCCUGUGUGCAGAGGUGAACAAGGACAGAAAAGAAAACAGACUCUUUGAAAGACGUGCCUCUGUUCCUAUAAAUGCUGUUAGCAUCAUUAGGAAUGAUUAAAAGUGUUCCCCUUGAAUGAGUAUCUGGAGAACAAGGAGGCUCUUCAUCGUGAGUUGUUUGUAAGUAUUCAGCCUAACAGCCAGGCUGGAAUGUGAGUUUAUGAAGCAAUCAGAGGGCAACACUUGUACGCCAACAGUCUAGUUAACGAAAAAAUUCAUAGCCUCCCCUUUAUGUUUGACUUCAUCACUCUGUGCAUUACAGGAGACUUUACAGUGUUUUAAAGUGCACCAUAUUUAUUGAAUCAAAAGGACCACGACUUUAAGAGUAACUUGGAUGUGCAGCUCUCCAGUGAAAUGUAUAAUUAAUUUGCUUGUUUAAACUUAUAACUUGUUGUUUUGGUAUACAUCUCUUGGUUUGUUCCCCUUCAAACAAAGGUUUUAAUCUGAAGGGACACCCUGAUUAAUAAAACAAGUAAAUAUUCAAA